AUGCUGGUCACAGCCACCGCCACUCGGGGUUCGAGCGAAAGAAGCGUCGAACGACGCCACAUCGGCCAAGGAGCAUGGCAAGGUCGACCCGAUGACCGCCACCUACCCUCAUCUCUGCACACACCAUACGGCUCGCACUCGGACCCAGAUCCAUCGACUUCUCCUUCCCGCGCGCAUACAAGCCACCAAAUCCACACUAGAUCUCGAGCCAGAACAAAGGGAGGACGAGACGAAGCCAUGUCGAUCGUGCAUCUGCAGAGCGUCGAGAUCCUCAACGCCGAGGCGCGCUUCGAGGAUGCAUACAUCUUCAAGAUCACCUUCGAGUGCAUCUCGCCACUGCAAGACGACAUCGAGUGGCGCCUCGUCUAUGUCGGCUCGGCAGGCGACGAAAAGUACGACCAGGAACUCGACAAUUGCAUGGUCGGCCCAGUCCCAGUCGGGGUGAAUUCGUUCGAGUUUGAAGCAGCUGCACCUUCACCGUCCAAGAUCCCGCCCGAGGACCUCUUGGGCGUCACGGUGAUUCUGCUCACAGCGUCGUAUCGCGACCAGGAGUUCAUCCGCGUCGGAUACUACGUCAACAAUGCCUACGAGUCCGAGGAGCUGCGCGAAAAUCCACCGGAAGUCGUCGACCUCACCAAAGUCCGACGCUCGGUGCUCGUCGCCAAACCGCGCGUAACGCGCUUCAACAUCAAGUGGGACGAUGCACCCACAGCACCAUCCCAACCCGAACCAAUGCCUGUACAGUAA